AUGACCAUCCGACAGCUUCCUCAGGAUGUCGUCGACAAGAUCAAGUCAUCGGUCAACAUCACCUCCCUGAACGGGGUUGCCUGUGGUCUUCUCGCCAACUCGCUGGAUGCGGGUGCCUUCAAGGUCAACAUCUCGAUCGACUACGGCCGGGGAAAUUGCACUGUUGAAGACGACGGUUCGGGGAUUCCUCCUGAUGAGUUUAAAGAUGCGGGGGGACUAGGGAAGCUCCACCACACAUCCAAGUUCCCUUCUCGGUCUUCUAUCCAUGGGAAACAUGGCAAUUUCCUGGCGUCACUGGCCACACUGUCAUUGCUAUCCAUCACCUCCCACCAUCAGAGCCGUAUCUCGCACAACUCCAUCACCAUUCACAACUCUAAGGUCCUGGCCAGGCAUCUUCCGUCACCCCCUGAGUUGAGGCUUGCUAGCUUUGACCAUGGAACCCGUGUCACAGUCCGAGACCUCUUUGGGUCUAUGCCCGUUAGAGUCAAGCAAAGAGCUUCCUUGAUCGAAAGACCUGCUCUCGACAAGGAAUGGUCAAAGCUUGUUCGAGAAGUCUUGGCCAUGUUGCUGGCUUGGCCAUCGGGUGUCCAUGUGUCGAUCAAAAAUACAGCCGCGCAACGUGAACUUCGGUUUCGCCCAUCAGACAAGACGGACAUCGUGUACAAAACCUCAAGGCUACUUAUGCAAGCUUCUCUGGCUGACUCAAGUGAUGUCGACUGUUGGGUCCCUAUCUCAGCAUCAUGCGGACCAGUCUCGGUCAAGGGCUGCAUCUGUACAAAUCCUGUUGCAACACGGCGGUCUCAGUUUAUCAGUCUGGGCAUUCACCCAAUCAUGAACGAAUUUGGCACGGACGUUUUGUAUGAAGAGAUUAACAGGGUCUUCAGCAACUCCAGCUUUGGCGUCAUUGAUGGUGACGAGAACAAGAGACCUGAGGACUCGCCGAAGCUUGAAGGUUUCUCAAGCAAAGAGCUGCGAAGUCGAAAAGCUAUCGAGCGAUGGCCAAUGUUUUACUUGAAAAUCACUGUCCCGGAUUUCGAUGAUGUUGAUGGCUCUGAUCGGCUCGAGAGUCAAGGCCAGACGUUAUCAGCGAUUCUGGAUCUUUUAAAGGCGACCUGUUAUGGUUACUUAAAAAAGCACCACUUUCGACCUCGAAAAGUCCGACUUUCCCCUGAUGACUCAGUAUUUUCGACAUCAAGGACACUCAGUAAAUCGAGGAAAUCGUCUAAGAGGCAGUCGGCCUCGUCUUCGAGUAGUUCAAGAGCCGGCUCCGCCACCCCUGUGUCUAGAGAUGCUUUUGGGCCGAGAGCAGAUAGCCCAUUUCAUGGAUGGCAUCGUGUCAAAAUCGGAACGGGCGCGGCGGGUAGUACUGACUCGAAGGUGAAUGACAUUCAAUCGAAGUUGCCAGAGCAGACUCUUGCCCGUCCGCUCAUUGGUGAAGGUGGGAAACUGUUGCGCAAGCCUUUCGACGAACCCUCGCCCGAGCCUGAAGAGAUUCCAACCUCCAAAGCUACAAAUACCACUACAGAAACUGGGCCCCGGUCUAGUGUAGAUGGGGAUACGACUACUUCGGCUACACGGCCCCGAAAACGAAGCAAGUGGCUACAAGAGGUUAUCGACUCGUGGGAGAACCCCGUGUUUGAGAACGUCCAGCCCUCAAUACCAUCAAUUGAUGACACAAAACCCCCCCCUGCGCCUGGACUAUCACAUAGCUGUGGGAGGAGCGGCCAUGCAAAUAUCAUAUUUGACGCCGGAUCCAUGAGCCUCAGCAGCCGAAUCUCACGCCAAGCGCUCACAGAAGCCACCGUGAUCUCGCAGGUCGAUCGCAAAUUCAUACUUGUCAAACUUCCCCUGAAGAAUGCCGCGCCUGGCAAGCAGAGCUCUGCUCUUGUCAUGCUAGAUCAGCACGCUGUUGAUGAGAGAUGUCGCCUUGAAGACCUCAUGGCAGAUUAUUUUGUUCGACACGAAUCGACAAAACAAGUCUUGCCCGCUACUGAACCCCUUGAGCGUCCCCUUGUGUUUGAAAUACCACUCCAGGAGCAUUCCCUUCUGGACCAGAAUCGAGACCGCUUUGCUGCUUGGGGAAUCGUGUACCAAACUCCCACCCCGAGAUCCCCCUCACAGCCAAAGAAAGUCAUCGUCACAGCCCUUCCGCCAAGCAUCAUGGAGCGUUGUCGCCUUGAGCCCCGUCUCCUGAUAGAUCUUCUCCGCACCGAGAUAUGGCGCAGCGUCGAUGAAGGUGUCCCCCUUUCGCAGCCACCGGACUCAAACCGUGACAAGUCGUGGGUCUCACGGUUCCACGGCUGUCCAAGAGGUAUCCUGGAGAUGCUGCACUCCAGGGCUUGCAGAAGCGCAAUCAUGUUCAACGACGUCCUCAGCGUUGAGGAGUGCGAACAGCUCAUAUUUCGUCUCUCGCGUUGCGUCUUCCCCUUUCAAUGCGCCCAUGGCCGGCCGAGCAUGGCGCCGUUGGUUGAUCUCGGAGCUGGAGCCAAGUUUGGUGGGUGGCAGGAGAGGGAGAAGCAGGCUAAAGUACGAUGGAAGAGCUGGAUUGAGGAGUUAUAA